GGUCGAAAAGCAAGCAACACACAACACGUACAAUUUAUCAUUUUCUGUGUUUCACACAGCUGAUAAGUGAUUCUGAUUACAGAUUACAGUUGCAUUUUAAUAUAACAGUAGUAACACAGUUCCACCUUUUUUGUGUAAAAGUCGGAAGUGUCCUUUGUCCUGAUAGAUUCGUGUGUCACCAUGUUGAUACCGCAGGAAGCCCUUAAUUCGGUAAAGUGCAAUCUCUGUGACAAAUUCCUCUCGUACUUCCCAAUUUACACAUGUGAGAAAAAUCUACCGAUUUGUGGGCGUUGCUCUGCGAUUUUGAACGAUACUAAUUUCCGAAGAGCUACACUCUUUGAACAAGUCGCCCAGUAUUUAAAAUUUCCAUGUAUUUAUCAUACGGCAGGCUGUGUCGAAAACCUAUUCCCAGACGAAGUCCCAAAUCACGAAGAGAACUGCCCUUACAAAAUAAUCGCGUGCUCGCAAGAAUGCAUGUGGCAAGGGAGCGUCAACGAACUCUUGGAACAUUUUGAAGACACUCAUCCAAAUGCCAUUCUGAGAAAUAGCGAGUUUGAAAUAAGUUUUCUUAAUUCCUACGACACGUACAGUCUUGUGGUGUACGAAGACGAGCUUUUCAGUUUCAAACGAAAGUUUGAUAUCACGGAAAAUGUGCUGAAAUGCUCCGUCUUCUGCUACAAAAUGCUGGAUCCUGUGACCAAAUACAACUAUAAAAUUGUCGUCCAGAACGGGACCGGGACCGAAUCGGUGGAAUUUGCCCCAAAGUCCGCUGAUACGUUCUUAGAGGAGAAUGUCACGGAAAUUAGCGUUGAAAACAUUAGGGAUCGCCUAAAGGACCCAUCAGUGAUCAUCGGCACUAUUCAAAUAUUUGAUCAGAAGGAAGUUUCCAGUUUAAAGAAAAAACUAAACCCGGAUAUAAAUUUUGAAAUGUUAGCCGAACUGGAGUGCCCAGUGUGCCUCCACUACAUCAUCCCUCCGAUUUUCCAGUGUGUUACCGGCCAUAGUAUCUGCGGUACUUGCAAGGAACAAAUCACACAAUGUCCUCUUUGCCAGCAGGACAUCAAAAACACCCAAAAUUUCACGCUCGAAAAAAUGGCCUUCCUUCUCACCUACCCUUGCAUGAACUCCGAAAACGGCUGUGACUUUGCCGACAAGCCUGGCAAACUCAAACAGCACCAAAAGUACUGUCUUUACGGGACGCACCACUGCCCGCUUAAAGACUAUGAAAGCUGCAAAUGGAAAGGCUCUGCCAAAAAUAUAUACCGCCACAUUCAGGACGUCCAUCAUGACAACAUGCUGGAAGUUGACACAGUGAGGCUGUUCCUCGACGGUGCCUACUUCCAGCAAGAGGAAAACACUUGCUACAUAAUGAAAUAUGCGGAAGCUAUAUUCAAAUUGCACUACCGGUACUACAGGGAGUGCUUCUAUUGGGCCAUGCAGCUGAUCGGGCCCCCCGAAGAAGCCAAGAACUAUAAGUUUGAAAUCGACAUUUGUGAUAACAACAACAACAGCCGCAGGCUAUUUUUGAGGAAUUUUUGCUCGAGUUUGAAGGAGAAGGACGACAGUUUUACUGAUCCCGACCAGUACGUGUUUCUUACGCUCAACCAAAUUAGGUCCUUUCUGUCCGAGAUGUUGACUUUCACAGUGCGAAUUGUCAAGUAAUUGGUAUUUUUUUAUUUAGAGAUAAGUUACGUUCGUUCAUUUUGUUACUUUAUUAUCGAUACAUGUAUUUUAAUUUCCGCUAAACCAAUAAAGUUGUGAUUAUUAA